AUGGAAUACUUUAAUGAAUAUUGGGAACUGUUUGUUGAUAAGAAAGACUCCAUAGCUAAAGAACUUAUUGCCUACUACAAAACGCUGGACGAUCACGAGGAUGGUUCCGAGCUGUCGGAGCAAUGUCGCACAUUUUUAACGAAGAAUCUCCUCAUCAAUCCAUACCCGACAUGCCAGGUGUUGAAGCUCUUGGCUGCGUCCAAAAUUCACGGUAAAAACACCACUAUCCACGAAUUCGCUACAGCUGCUGUGAUUCAGGCUAUCGAACGAAAUGGCGAUCAGGAACUGAGCGCCAGCAAGUGCUACAGUAUUCUCGCCAACAGUCUAGUAUCGGUGAAAGCCAUCAAUCACCUUAAAGCAUGUAUCAACCGUGCGUUGGAUAGGAAAAGCCUAGAUUUGCAACCGUUCGUACUGGCGCUGUUUUCUAGGCGAAGUUUCAAGUUGCUGGUCAAUCUGCUCCCGGAACUCUCGGGCCAUCUGAACCAACAACAUACUGCCGAUGCUCUCGAAAAGAAACUGCAUUUUUUCCACUCGAUCCUAGAAAACGAUUCGGGCCAUCCUACAUACAGUCACCAUACAGCCUACCUUCACUUUCUUCGACAAGUUCUACUCGUCAACCAGGGCGGUCUUCUGCCGCCACUUGAAAGCUCUGCGACGGUUGACGAAGAACCGUUCCAGGAUCGUUCCUACCUUCGAGCUUAUCAGAUAGAGUUGCAGCGCGUGUUGCUACUCCACCAAGCCCUCAGCAUCGAAGAGACCCUGCUGCCCGUGCCAGAGUUUUCCCAGUACGACUCCGUGAUUGGUAUGAUGGCGAAAGGAAAAACAAACAUCAUUGACCACGAUUUUACAACCUUGUUCGAAGUGAUCCGCACGAAUCAGAAGAUGCUCGCCGAGAUCGGCUCCCUGUUGCGCACCGGCUCAGCGAAAAAUGAAGAAAACUACGGCACGUAUCCAAACGAAUCCUCGGCUGUAAUCAUCCUGCAGAUGACAGUGGUGCUCUACAAAGCGAUCGAAGCAUCCUUUGGCACACAGCAAACUGAAACCGUUGCCCAAAGCAACCUCGACACGCAGCUCAAGUGCCUGCUGAAAGAAGCGGAUAUGCCAACGUUCGUUUAUGCGAUCGAAUCCAUGCUCACAAUGUUGUUCGUCCGUGGCGAACUUGCCCCGAAAGCAGCGUACGAGCGGAAACACUUUAUGUGUAACGUUUCCCUGCUCAAUAGCGUAGCGCUAAGCGUAAAAUCGAUCAUGAUCACACGAAAACACUCCGCCACCUUUACCGGGGAAAACGAUAAGCUCAGUCGCCGCUUUCAGAACCUGUUCGAGCUGGUAAACGACAUUUGCUGGCGCUUAUCGCUGUUUGCAGAUAAUCUUCUGGGACGGUCAGUGGGCGAGCAACCAACAUCCGACACGCUCAGGCUCUCCGACAUGCCUCCGGUGCCGAUGGUUCUGACGCACGUAACCGAAAACUACUCCGAAGCUUCCGGACCUGGCAACGCACUGUACCGCAGCGUCGAAUCGAUGAUGCUGGCCGAGCCGAACGUUGCGAGACACGGCGGCUACGGAACCCUUCCGAAGCACAAAUCUGCCUCCCGAAGGCACGCUCGGGGGGCGGGUGCUGCCCCAAACAGUGGCAACUCCGGAGGCAGUAACAAGGAAGCUUCCACCCAGCGUUCACUGUCCAACGACAGCAAGGUGGACUCCGCGCUGUUCGGUGCCUGUGCCGUGCGAGGAAAGCACCGAGACCGAGCUUUUACGUCACUGCUUGCCACUCCCGAAACGCUGGCCAUCGUGUGCCUUACGAGCGACAAGCUACCCUUUGCCAAACAGAUCAUUGAAAGUUACGCCCUGCAGGAUUGUCCGGUCGGCUGUUUGGUGUCGCGGAUGGAGCAAAUGGCCACGCUUCGCAGUAAUCUGACCGGGUUGGUGCAAAAGAACGAGCGAAAGCAGGAGGACAGCCCCCCACCGAGUGGUAGCGACAGUGACACGUUGCUGAACGACAUUCGAACGAGGACGGCGGUCGGAUUCGAAGUUUCAAAAGUGCUGAGCACGAUCGAAACGUUUUUAAAAUCGCAAACCCCAACGGGGCAAGAGGCAGCGCUCGAUGACGGGACCGUCCUGGCGCCGAUGGAUCGGUUCGUCGGGCGGUACCCGUUUUUGGGCGCUCACACCGGAAAGAAUCUCCAUCUCAGUCAGAUCGUUGAUGUCGUGCUAGACUUGCCGUUCAAAUACGAGCUAAACUUGAGCAUUUAUAAUUUUCUGCUGAAAAACGUUCACCGCACCACCGUCCGUGGCAUGUCGGCCAGCACGAUAAGCGAGGGUAACGGAGGCUUGGGUGGAGGCGGAAUCGGAAUGCAGCAGCUUGUCGGAAACUUUGUGUCCUUCUUCGGCACCAUCAUCGACACGAUGCAUAUUGCACUUAAAACGGCCCGCGAAGUGGGCCAUGCGCGCCACCUAACGAUCGGUCAGCUUCUGUCGCGCGAAGUUUGCCCUCUUAACACGGUCGAAAAUGGUGUUUGUUUAAAACGGCGGGCCCGAUUUCACACGACGGUGAUGCGCCACUUCCGCUCGAACGGUGACACAACACUGGAAGGUUCGGCGUCGAUUUGCCAAACCAACCAAUACCUGCAACAGCUUCAGCUUCUCAUCCAAUCGACUGCGGUCGACACCGUGUCUCCAAGCUUCGCCACCGACGAUCUGCUGCGGAUGGAUGUUCGGCGUUUGCUGUUGGACGCAUUGUUUGAUAAACGCAUUUCACUCAGCGCACUCGAUUCGUUGGCUGCAAAAUUGGGCAUCAAUUUGGUGCAAACCGUCGGCCAUCGGUUGCUCGGCUCACCGCCCCCAACCGUCGGCAGCCACGAGUGCGAUACCACCCUGUGGCAGUUUAUCGAAGGUAAGAACGAACUUUUAUUCAGCAUUUGUCAAGCUCAGUUGCGAGCCGGUUCGGUGGCAGUCGAAAAGGACGUCCCAUCGUCGCUGAUCGUGCAGUAUAAUGACUUCCGGAAAGCGGCAUUCGAAAACACGCUUCCGAUGCGCUGCAAUCGGUCCUGGCUACGACCGGACGAGCUUCAAUCGGAAUCGUUUCCACUGGAAAUCGGCCGAGCGUGCUGUCUGUUGCCGGCGGCGGCAUCUGGCCCGCAGAACGACUCUUCCGGCGGCGGCAGCUGUUGGUCGAUCAAUGCCAGCGUGCGCUCGAUCGAACAGCAAGUGAUCGCUUUGCUUCAAAGUGUCGAUCAAUUCCCCAACGCAAGCCGGUGGAUUAGCGCUUCGGAGCACCUCCUCACGGCGCUGCUGCGACCGACGAUGGAUCCAACGACCUGCGGGCAACUUCAGGCGAAGGCUGCCGAACUGAGAACGUACGUCCGGGUGGGAGAGCUACUGAAGCUACAACCUGCCGACGACUGGCGGAACGUUCGCGCGUUUUCGCUGGAGAACAAAAGUCACGUGCUGCAGCAGCUGAUCGAGCAACAGCAGUACCAGGUGGCCCAGGAGUGGAUAAAGCUACACCCGAUCGACCCCGACAGCGAGCUGGACAUGUUUAUGUAUGCCGUACGCAAAGCACACACUGGCGCCGUGACGCCGGAGUUGGCCAGCGAGCCCGCCACCUCAAUGUGCCUCCUGUUCGGUAUCAUCGAAACGAUGCCCAGCGAAGCGGUUCUAAGGCUGUACGAAGCGAUGAUCAUCAACAUCAAGAGUGUCCCGAUCGUCAGCUACAUCUUGCGGUAUCUGCAACGCCACGGUGAGCAGCAACCGCUGUACCAGAAGUAUCAGCUUUCGCUGACCAUCUUCGAGCACCUAACGCACGCCGAAUACGAUGGCCUAUGGAAUCUCGUCAGUCGUCCGCUGUUGAUACUCGAACAGUGUUUAAUGAACUCACGGCUCGAGCUGUUGGACGGAGUGAUCCACUCGGUGAGGCCGCUUCUGUCGAGCGAAAUUUGCGGCUCGUGCUUUGAGCAUCGCGAGUACAUCCGCGAUCUGCACGAAAAUGUGCAGGGCGCUACCGGGGAAGCCAGCUGUUGGGAUCCCAUUCACGAGGGCCUGUACAUUCGGCACGAGUGUGUGGACUGCCUGUUGCGCAUCUACGCCAGUAAGGCCCUCGAAUACAAGGUGUUCAGUGAGCACGAUACCCGGGAUUACCGGGAUUCGCUCGCCACGGCAUCCGCUUCCAGUUUGGACUCGCUCGCCCCAGGCCUGGAGCCGUGCCGUUUGCCGUUUGUGAUGCCGAAGGAAGUUCCGCCGCGUGAACGGUGGGUAAAGGAUGAGGAUGCCCUUCAUUGUAUGAGCUGUCGGCGGACAUUUUCCAUGCUGAACCGUCGCCAUCACUGCCGCCGUUGUGGUCGAGUCGUGUGCCACGCGUGCUCCAAGUGUCGCGAGCGAAUCGGUGGCUUCUACGAAGAGGUGGCCGUACGUAUUUGCGAUGACUGUGGUAGGUGUCUGGGUGAAAGCGUAGGUUCACCGGAUCGGCCGGUGGUUCCGGAAGUAGUGCGAGCAAACCGUGCCCCGGGCCCAUCGGGAGCCCCGGUGACGCAGUUCGAGUGGCAAUUGACGGGCAACGAGCGGUACGAUCGUGUGAUUCGUGAUGAGUACAGCUACGAGUAUGCACCUUCGACGGGGCAGUGUUUGGCAAUCUGCGAUCUGCACACGGCCAACGAGGAGAUUGCCAGCUUUCUGCUCUAUCACUGUGCGAAAUUGGAAGCGCUGUUGCGGCCGCUGGCUCCCGGCUUCCCGAACCCGGAGAUUGAUUACGCGCUCGUGGCGCGCAUGUUGCUCAACCUCACGCUCGGGGUGAAGGUUCGGGGGGCCGAUGGCGGUGCCGGUGUCGAGGUGGAAAAAAUGAAGGAGCAUGCCGAAAUUAUCCUGUCGAUCGUGCACGACAACUGCGAGUCGCUGCUGCUGCACUCGCAGUCACAGGCGGCCAUCAGCAGUCACGGCAGUUUGCGGCGGUUGCGCGAUGCCCUCGUGAAGGCGGAAAAGUGGCCACUGGCCCUGGAGCUGUCCCUCAAGUGUGGCUUCUCGGUGAGUGGCGUGCUGGCGGCCUGGGGCAUGACGUGUCUGCGCGCCGGUUGCUACGAGACGGCACGGGAAAAGUUUUCCCACUGCUUGCCCCGCAUCGCCAGCGAGGCCGACUGCGAUGCACUGUUGCGAAUGAUCGAAGCGCCGCCGCCGCCGCCAGGGAGCCCUGCCGCCGCCAAACGCGGUCCAGUGCCGUCUCCUGUUGCCAGUGGUCCCGCUCGAAUGGCGCAGGUUAAACGUCCCGCACGCAGUCCACCUUUGUUGGGAGAAAUUCUUUACGCUCUAAAGUGCACGACUCGUGUGAUCGAUCCCCUGAUGGAGCAGGUGGCAGUAGGUGGGCGAAACAGCGGAGUCGGUGGUUCUGGUUUGGUUGGACAGCACGAGCCGGCGACUAACAUUCUCAAUACGCUUGCCAACCUGAGACUCGUGGCCCAAGGGGAGUUCAGUGAGGCGCUUGCGAAGGUUGAUCGCCAAUCGGUGGCCAAUGGGACAACACCGAGAAGAACGACAGUGUCGCUGAUGUGCACCCGGCUGUUUGAGGAAUCGAUGCACUACCUGCUGGCGUAUGGAUCGCACCAGAGCAUAGUGGUGUUUCUGAUGAAACACCAGCAAACUGAAACCGCGGCCUUGCGCUACAUUCUAAUGCAGCACGUCGAUCCGGAAGUGUUCCUGCAAGCGAUCCUACUGCCGUGUCUACAGCGCGGUCAGCUCGAAACACUCGUCCAACAGCUGACCGUGCUCGAUGAAACGCUGUACGAGUGGCGCGACCAUUUGCGCUACGUUUGUCGCUACCUCGAGACGAACGAAAUGCUCAACAGUCUGUACAGUCUGCAGCUGUUGCUGAAGGAUCCGAUUCGCGCCAGUAUGACCUGCGUACGGUUCUAUUCCAUGGGUUGCCGCACGUUCAACGAUCUGCACGCGGCCGAGCAUCACCUAAAGACAAGCGUUACGCACUUGCAGAACGAGCUCGAACUUUGCAACUGGCAGGAAGUACGAUUAAACAGUGUCGGGUCGACCAUCGAAACUCACCCGUCGCUGCUGAUGAAGCUCGAUCCGAAAGAGCUGAACAAUCACAUCAACACCAUCCUGCUGCAGCUGGAGGUUACCAAAUUUUUGGCCAAAUGCGAGGCCAAGGGCCGGCAAACGACGGGAUUGCUGACAAAGAUUUCCAAGGAUAACUCCCAGCUACCUACACUGUUCGGUUCGGUCCAGGACAAGCUGCAGCUCGCCAUUUUGACACUGGUGUGUGGCCAAAACGUGGAGGAAGCAUUUGGGCUGUCGUACAGAAUCAUACAAGAUUACAACCUGGAACUGCAUCGAGUGUACGCACUGACGGCCAAAUACUUCAUCAACCAUGGCAAAAUUGAGGACGUGGGCAAACUGUUGGAUGCGAUCGUUAGCAAUGGUGGCAGCACCACGGCGGAGCCGAUGCUCUCGUCCGUGUGUGACGAGAUCGUGCGCAUCUCAGUUGAUGCGGCCAUUGCACGGCACGGGUCCAGCGGGCACACGAAAGUCGCCCUCGAAGCACUGAUCAAUCGGAUCACUUCCGUGGGCGUACGCAUCCAUUGCUACAUUGCUUCCAGUCAGCUCAAAACUGCCUACCUGCUGGCGAACAGGCACCACCGUACAGGGGACAUUCGGAAAAUCCUGCGCCACGCAGAGUUUCUAGGACAAUUGCACGUGAAGCGUUUGUGUGAGGCCCGUUUGAAUCACCACGAGGGCGAAGGUUCGUGAUGUUGCCAGCAGUCGGUGCGGACGUUAAUCGAAUUUAUACCUGUUAAAAUAAAAUGAUAAUAUUGUAAUGUAAAACAUUUCUUUCGAUAACCUAUAAUCAAACCCAAAAUUUAAGCAAACGUGUGCGUUGCAUUUCACCAAACAACCAGGGGUUGCUUUGUCGGUGGUCAUGGAUAUUUGUUUUGUUUAUAUGCUACGUUAUUAUU